CAUGCGGUUCAACCCGGACGCGACGGUCUGGAUCGCCAAGCAGCGGAUCCUGUGUACGCUCAAUCAGACCCUGAAGGACGUCCUGAACUACGGCCUCUUCCAGCCGGCGAGCAACGGGAGGGACGGCAAGUUCCUGGACGAAGAGCGCCUCCUCCGAGAAUACCCACAGCCAAUCAGCAAGGGCGUCCCCUGCCUGGAGUUUCGCUACAAGAGCAGAGUCUACAGGCAGCCCAACAUCGACGAGAAGCAGAUCGCCAAACUUCAUACAAAGGCCAACCUGAGGAGGUUCAUGGACUUGAUUCAGCAGAACCAGGUGGACAAAGUGGGGAAGCUGUUGGAGCGAGGCCUCGACCCAAACUACCACGACGGGGAAACUGGAGAGAGCCCGCUGACGGCGGCGGCCCAGCUGGACAACGCCGUGGAGAUGAUCAAGGUUCUGAAGAACGGAGGAGCUCAUCUGGACUUCAGGGCCAAGGACGGCCUGACUUCCCUCCACAAAGCCGCGCGCGCCAAGAACCAGCUCAUCCUCAUGACGCUGCUGGAGCUGGGAGCGUCUCCAGACUACAAGGACAGCCGCGGCCUGACGCCGCUCUACCACAGCGUGGUGACGGGCGGAGACCCCGGCUGCUGCGAGCUGCUGCUCAGCCAGCACGCCUCCGUCUGCUGCCAGGACGAGAACGGCUGGCACGAGGUCCACCAGGCCUGCCGCCAUGGCCAUGUGCAGCAUCUGGAGCAUCUGCUGUUCUACGGAGCGCUGAUGAGCGCCCAGAACGCCUCGGGGAACACCGCCCUGCACAUCUGCGCCCUCUACAACCAGGAUAACUGUGCCAGAGUGCUGCUGGUCCGUGGAGCUGACAAGGAAGUGAAGAACUACAACAGCCAGACUCCAUUUCAGGUGGCCAUUAUUGCAGGAAACUUUGAGCUCGCCGAACUCAUCAAGAACCACAAAGACUCUGAUAUAGUGCCUUUCCGUGAGGCCCCUGCCUACUCCAAGCGCCGGCGGGGUCCGUCCUCUGGCAGCGGAAACGGCCAGUCCCCGUCCUCGCUGUCGGCGCCCCGGGUCCUCCUGCGCUCCAACAGCGACAACAACCUUUCUGUGAGCCAGUACCAGCAGCAGCAGCACGGUUCCCCUGGAAACUGGGCCCCCCAUCUGCAGCAGCACCAGAGCCACCAACAUCGGGCCCCCCAGCAGGGCCACGCGCAGCCUGGCUCCUCCGCUUUGCACCGCAGCCUGUCCCCCCAGCUGGUCCAGCAGAUGCCCAGCGGCAGCCCCAAUGGCAACGUGGUGGUCCGCACUAUGGGGCGGGGGGCCAGGAGCCGCUCCCCCUCCCUCAGUCGGCUGGGCGAGGAGAGCCGGCGGGCUCAGACCGCACAGCGCCAGCCCAGCCCCAGCGGUCACGGCGAGGCGCCCGGCCCCAGGAGGAAGCUGUACAGCGCCGUUCCAGGCAGACACUUCGUGGUGGUUCGCUCUUACUCCGCCCAGGCUGAGGGAGAAAUCAACCUCUACAAAGGCGACAGGGUCAAAGUUCUGAGCAUCGGAGAGGGGGGAUUCUGGGAGGGCAGCGCCCGCGGCCAGGUGGGCUGGUUUCCGGCCGACUGCGUGGAGGAAGUCCCGGCCAAGGCCACCGAGGAAAGGACCUAUUCCCGAGCGGACCGGGCCGACAGACGGAAACUCUUCAGACAUUACACCGUGGGCUCGUACGACAGCUUCGACGCCUCCAGUGACUGCGUGGUGGAUGAGAAGACGGUGGUGCUCCAGAAGAAGGAGAAUGAGGGCUUCGGCUUCGUCCUGCGCGGGGCCAAAGCCGACACGCCCAUCGAGGAGUUCACGCCCACGCCGGCCUUCCCGGCGCUGCAGUACCUGGAGUCGGUGGAUGAGGGCGGUGUGGCCUGGCAGGCGGGGCUCCGGACGGGCGACUUCCUCAUCGAGGUGAACCAGGAGAACGUGGUGAAGGUGGGCCACAGGCAGGUGGUCAACAUGAUCCGCCAGGGAGGAAACCGGCUUCUGAUCAAAGUGGUGACAGUGAGCCGGAACCUGGACCCAGAAGACACGGCGCGCAAAAAAGCUCCUCCGCCGCCGAAGCGAGCCCCCACCACCGCCCUGUCCAUGCGCUCCAAGUCCAUGACGUCAGAGCUGGAGGAACUCGUGGAUAAAGCCACAUUAAGGAAGAAGAAAGGUGAUGCGCAGAAGAAGAGGAUUGUUUUCCAAGUGACUCUAAAUAAAGUGGAAGAGAUGACGCACGCCCAGAAGAGCUCACCUGUGGACACGAAGAUCGCCACCAUCAAACCUCGGCCCUCCAGUCGCUGCUUGGUCACUCCCACCGACAUGAAUUCCAUGUAUCACGACCGCCAGGGAGUAGCAGUGGUGCCGCCCACUGUGCCGGGAGCCUACCUGGGGAUCCCAGAGAAGGGCACCAUGAGGAAGCAGAAGUCUAUAGGUACGUCGGAGGAUGAUAAACAGGGACUCCUCACGCCUCCCCUGCUCAAGUUCUCCCGGAGCCUCUCGAUGCCUGACACCUCAGAGGACAUCCCGCCUCCCCCAGCGAUUUCUCCCCCUUCACCACCUGCCUACAACUCAGCUCCCGGACCUACAGCCAAGAACUACGGCACCACUCGACCGAGCUUCACCCAGAACUCGCCCAACGCCGUGACGACCAUCAGCCGGACCACCGAUGUCGGCAGGUUACGACGUGGAUAUUUCCGCCAGAGCUCUGAGCAGUUUGAGAGCACGCGCACUAGAGGGCGCACACCUGUACCCGAGAACCCUUACUCCGAAGUCGGCAAUAAGACUCUGUAUGUGCCAGCGAAACCAGCUAGAAGGAAGGGAAUGCUGGUGAAGCAGCCAAAUGUUGAGGACAGUCCAGAGAAAACGUGUCAUGUGCCAUCUAGUCCCUCAGGCCCGGUUUCCAUGCCAACCACACCUGUCGAAAGGACCUGCUCCUCCAUCCCCAUACCCACCAUCAUCGUUAAAGAACCUUCCACCAGCAGCAGUGGCAAAAGCAGCCAGGGUAGCAGCAUGGAGAUUGAACCCACUACGCCAGAACAUCCGCCUCUAACGCCCUCCGUUGGUGGGAGCGGAGGGUUGCGUCCUGAGGACCCGCUGUCUCUUAACAACCCGUUCGCUGCAGCUAUUGCCGGAGCGGUGCGCGACCGUGAGAAGAGACUCGAGGCGAAGAAGCACUCGAUCGCUUUCCAGUCAAUAGACAUAGGAGAUGAUGAAAUGAGUGGCCCUGCACCGACCCCUCGUCUUCGCCAGUCCAAGUCCAUAGAUGAAGGCAUGUUCAGCAGUGAUGAGCGCCUUCGACGGAUAUUGGCUCCUCCUUCUACAGUGCAGCUUGGACCCCCUGUUGGUGGUGGCAGUGGAAAUAUGACAGAUUUCAACACGCCUGAGCCCACAGUGGUUCGGGAGCCUCUGAACACGAGAACAGGCCAGUGUCCCAAUCUGGACAGUCCAGUGAGUCUCCCAGCCACUCCUCCUAAGAGCCACUACAAGGCUAAUGGGACCUACCUCCAUCCUGUCACUGGUAAACCUUUGGACCCGAACUCUCCUCUGGCUCUGGCUUUGGCAGCUCGUGACCGGGCCAUGAAAGAGCAACAGAACCAUCCUCAGAAUCAGCCAAUAAAUCCUCCUCAGGUUCAGCAAACCUCCACGCACGAAGCCCAGUCCCUGCCACUUCAGCAGAGUCACAAACCGGACCUCAACCAACCGCUUUUUAUUGACACCAAAUUACGCUCGGGGAUUGAGACCAGCUUUGCAGCGAUCUCCUCGGCCACCAUGGGGCGGCCGGGUCGAGGUGGCCUCCGGCGACAGAUGACAGAGCAGAAGUAUGAAUCUGACGGCGCGCGGGAGCAGCGGCAGCAUCAGACCGUCGAGGAGAGAAAAAGUGCGCCAGCAAAUGUGGCAGACUCGUCACAGCCCAAGUCAACUGGGCUGUUGAUGGUCCACACGAGCACAGACACAACAAACAAGACGAACAACCAGGAGGUAGAGGUGCAGGAGAGCAACCGACCCUCUGAGCUGAAGGACCCUAACCAGCCUGACCCUCACAAAGUCCCAACCCUUAUUUCCAAUCCUCAGCAAGCUGCCUCACGGAGAAGAAGUGUUCCUUUAGGAGAAUCUUUGGAAGAACCAGUGAAGCUGCCCUUCCGCAUCCCCCCUCCACCGCUAGCUUCAGUCGACAUCGAUGAGGAUUUUGAAUUUUCAGAGCCUCUUCCCCCACCGCUGGAGUUUGCUAACAGUAUUGACAUUCCUGAUGACCAGGCCAGCGCCAUUGCAGAAAUGAUUCAGCAACAGAGACGGAAUGGAGGACCUGCUUUACCCCCUUACCAUCCACACGCCCCUCCAUCUGUCAGUGAUCACCACAAACGCGUGUUAAACAACAUGCCCCCUUCCUACCAUCCAGCUCCACCUGAUACAGAGUCCGGGGUGGCGGAUUCUGGCAUCGAGGAGGUAGACAGCCGCAGCAGCGGAGAUCCCCAGCACAUGGAAACCACCAGCACUGUCUCCAGCAUCUCCACCCUCUCAUCAGAGGGAGGCUUCUGCGACAGCACUUUGGAGAGUCUCUACGCCACCGCAGAUGGACACGCCUUCCUGGUGGACCGGCCCCCUGUCCCACCCAAACCCAAGGGCAAGUCCGUCAUCAACAGAACAUCGCUUUAUCACGACGCUCUCAUUGAAGAGCCCCCUGAGUCUUAUGGGUCACCGCCUCAAGCGCCUCCCCCUCCCCCUUCAUCUUCUGAGCCUCCUAGGACUCCUUCACAAAGGACAUCCAAGCUGUGGGGCGAUCAGCCGCCCGAGCUACGCAGCCCCCCAUCCACACCAGACUCCAAGAACACGGUGAUUACCGAGCUCAGCUCGAUCCUGCAGCACAUGAAUCGCGAUAGGCCGACCAAGCCAGGAGAGGGCCUCGACUCCCCCACUGCGACCAGAGGGGGCUUCACAUCCAGGCCCCCCCCAGACGACUCAGGAAUGCGUAACAGCGGCGCGGCGGCGGCUCUCAGCUCCACGCCUCCCAGCAGCCUCCCGUCGCAGGCGAACCCCUGCAGCCCGCCGGACUCCGCCUCCUCGCUCACGCCCUGCUCCUCGCUGCCCCCCUCCGUGUCGCCCACCCUCACCGACGUCUUCGGCCUGCCCACGCCCCCUAUGGGCAGCGGCGGCGGCUACAGCCUGAGCUCGUCGUGUGGCGGCAGCGGCAGCUCGCGCUCGCCGUCGCCGCUCACGCUGAUGCAGGCGGUGGCGGCGUCCGGGAAGCCGUUUGCCUCCAAACCCGUGGAGCUGUGGAGCAAACACGACGUGGCCGACUGGCUGGACAGCCUAAACCUCGGCGAGCACAAAGACGCCUUCCUGGACAACGAGAUCGAGGGCGCGCACCUGCCGUCGCUGCAGAAGGAGGACCUGAUAGACCUGGGCGUGACCAGAGUGGGCCACCGUAUGAACAUCGAGCGCGCCCUGAAGCUGCUGCAGGACAGAUAGACCUCCCAGCAGGCAGGGGGCGACGUGCGCACAGCUCCCCUUCACGCUAGCUGAAGUUGCCUCUUGCUGUUGUUGUCCUCUCAUCCUGCGUCGCCACCCUCAUCUCAGAGCUUCGGUUUGUCCGCCCGCUGCUCCCUGCCGCCCUGGGCGACCGCAGGGAGAGCGAAGGGGACCGGCGGUCCGGCCGACCGUCUGCCGGUUUCUGGAAUAUUUUGAACUCUGGGAAUAUAAAACCUUAUUGGUGUGGAGCUUCCUUUGGCAGACCUGUGCUCUCCCCGCCUCGCUCUGGAAUAGCGAGACAUUUUCCGUUCUCCUGGAGUCGGUGCGAGAAGAACCAGCUGAGCUGGUCUGUGCUCCUUUUCUAUCUUUGCUAGUAUUUCUUCAGAGAAUAUUUCUUCACUAGAGUCCUAACGGAGUUAUAUUUCUGGGUGCGUCUGCAGCUGUAGGAGAACUUCUGGAGACAGACUCCGUCUUCUGUUGCUUUUCACCUGUUUGUGUCAAAACUAGAGCAUCAGCUGAGACAUUAAGCCAACAUGUCACCGUCCACAGAGUUCAUGCACCGUGGAGAUUCACACUUAGCUUUCACUCACAGCAUGCUCUCACACACACACACACACACACAUGGAUGGCGUUUUAGAUCCUGAAUAGUGUGGAGCCCCACAGCAUCCACAUCAGGAUGUAGGGAAACCUGAGGUUGAGGACAGGAGGAGGACUGGACCUCCAACACGUCCUUGUUCUUACUUCACUUUUCCUUCCUGCACUGUGUGAUUGUGUGUGUGCGUCUGUGUGCGCACGUGUGUGUGUGUGUGCUUGUGUGCCUGUGUGUGUUACUGUUCGACCCAGAAAUCCCUGCGACCCGUUUAGCUAUUUUCAUAAAUCUGCUAUGUAGGCCAGUUUAGCAGAAGUAGAACUUUUUGUGCCUCACUCGGUCGGAUCUGUUCCACCUCACCAGUAACGGGUCAGCACUGGGAGCACUGGGAGCCCACCGCCAUGCUGCCGUGUCACACACCUGUGCGUACGAGUCCAGGUCUGCUUAAAAUGGUACAGGAAACAUUUUGGGAAAUACACAGGUUUGUUUUCAAGAUUUUAGUUUCAACUCUGGAUUUAAUCAACUGAUUAAUUGAAAAUAUCAAUAUUUAUCUUGUACACAAGUAUCUGGAUCUUUAUAAAAACAAACAUCUCCACCACAUCAUUUUAAAAAAUAACACAAAACACAGGAUUGUAUUUCAUCCACAAAUUCGCCCUGAGUGUUGGUAACAUGCCAAACCCAUAGGGGGCGGUGUAGCGCCAAGCAACAAACCAAUGUCAGCCAAUCAGAAGCCUUCAACACAUCCACGACGUCCUGUUAGGAAUUAAAUAUGGCGCCAGGAGGUUCAUAUAUGAGGGCCGAUAUACGGAGUAAACUAACUUUAAAUAGCGUGUUAGAGUGACACGUUAAUAAAAUACAAGACAACUUAUUUUGGGAAUUGUGUCAAAGCAAGUAUGUUAAUAUAUUGACACAUUAUUGAUCACAAUCUGUAAUCCGCAGGAGUUUUCAUCUCAAGUUUGUUUUUGUGUGGAUGAAAGGUUAAAACGUAUAAAAAUGAAAUUGUUUUCCAAUAUAUUUGGCUCUGUGUUCACUCGGCCUCAGUAUAAAACCUGUUGCUGAAUAAUAAGUCACCAGGUUCUUGUCUGCUGAUGUCAGAUAAAGAGAAGCAAACUGGACGCAUAGCCGCUGAAGCUAAUUUAGCAUCUUACCUGUCUAGUUAGAAAUGCAUUUUAUAAAACAUGCCAGUGGUUGAAUUCAUUUGAUGAAGUAACUUUUUGAUGUUUUUGCCAGCUAAAACAUUUCAUCAGUAUUAACCUUCUGUAUGUAAAGGGACAGUUUGCUUUAGCUAAAAUAAGCUAAGCUAUUCAAUGUGUUUUUCAACUACAAAACACAGAAUUAUUAAGUUAACACUUAAUUUCAACAGACAACGAGUUACUUUUUCCAACACAAAAUGAAUAACUGCCAUAUACCUCAAUGAGAUGAAAGGAUUAAAAAUAUCUGGGUUUUUUAUUCAUGUUCCUUGCAGUUUUGUUUCUGAUCGCUGCGCUACAUUAAUUUAUAGCAACAUAAUCAGUUUGAUUUGGUCAAUAGGACCGACUCUAUCAAUGCUAAUUGCACAUAACCAAUGAUUAUAUUUAUUACUACUUAUAAUUUCUUAAAAUAGAAUAAGCACAAACAAAAUUAAACAUUUUACACAGUUUAUAGGGGGAAAUAUUUUAAAUUUGCAGCACCUUAAUAUUUAUCUUGACAAAGAAAAUCUCAGCUGUUCAACUGAUCCUAAGUAAAAAUAUAAAAAUUGAAAGAGAAAAAGGGUUAUAAUGCGCACAGUGUUAACUAUUAGCAUUCUACAAUAAGGGUUCAUUAAUCAUGAAUUAAUUGUUUUUGUGUAAAUCAAAGCAACAUAAAAAUAUGUUUAAAUUCAAAAGCUGAGUCAAAUAAUGGGAGAUUACAUUUUUCAGGUUUAACAUGCAGUCAUUUCACAAAAGAAACCAGUUUGUCUCAAAAGAUCCAAUCAGAUCAAAGUGUGUAUUUCCCAAAAUGUUGCAUUUGGAUCCAGUUCUGUUGGACAUAAUAUCAGCUUGUGACGGAUUUAAAUAAUAAAACUUAAUAUAAAAAAUAUUUUAAGCACAUAGAAAAACACUUUAGAAGAGAAACAUAAUAUUUUUAUUUCACAAAAUGACUGACAUGUUUGUGCACUGCUGUCAGAUUAGAGAUUAAUAACUGACUACCUGAAGGUUUAUUAAAAGUGACACUAAAAAUAAGAAGACAAGCAGGACGUCUUUAAAAUGUCCUGCCAGUUUUCAGUUGGAUUCAAAUUGAGCCUUGAGUCUGGCUGUCUGGUCCGCCUGACGUUUCGGUCAGAAAUGAGUCUCUGAAACUCGGCUGGAGUUUGGAGUUUAAUCUUAUUUAUGAAGCUGAGGGUUGUUGUGUUUGUAUAUAAGAGUGUUUAACGGAAUAAAAAUGUCUAUUUGAGUCUGUGUAUAAACGGUGAAGAAGGAAGUCUAUGAGGUAGAUUUAUCGCUGCAGGGCCGACCUGAUGACCAAAGCCCCUGCCCGCCCCCGGCCCGCGCCCCGCCCUGUGCGUCAUCCGGCAGAGGAUGCCUUAAAAAGCUUGCUGCUCCCUUCCUCCACCCAGCUCCUCCAUCCGGGCACGACCCGCUCUGACCCGUCUUCGUCGGCUCCAUCUCGCCCGUCACGCAGCUUUUUUUCAGGAGACAGACAUCCACAACCCGUGUGUUCUGUGAACAUCAGCCGUACGGUGGCUGGCGAGGGACAAUGCUGCUAUAAUCCUGUUUUCAAACUCACAGCGGCGUGCUGGAGGGGGUAGAAAAGCACAGUAUUUUUAAAGAUUUGUAUAGAGUUCUAUGAAAUUUUAUAGAGGUUAUCUGAACAAAUACUGUUCAGCACCGAUGCUUGGAUUGCCAAAAACAGAAAUAAUAUAUACGUAGAUUAAAAUGUGGAUUAUUAUUAUGAUUAUUAUUAUUAGAUUUAUGGGUUUUGUAGGAAGCAAUAUUUAUUCUGAAUGAUUCUCCUUGGUUGUGUUUUAUUUUUUCCAUUUUCUCACCCAUCAGUGUUUUAAUGACGUGUUGCCUAAAGUAGAAAACACUCUGCUGCAGUAGAUUUAAGAUAUUUCUGGCCAAUCAAGUGUUUUCUGACAGCACCAUCUGCCUGAGUAGAGCGCCCCCCUCAGCGCAGAGCGUGUAGAAACUGAGGGAAGCGUGUACAUUUUGACCCCUGACCCUGCAGGCCGCGCCCGUAGAAACCUGUAUGAAAACCUUUGUGUCAAAAUAAAUCCACCUUAAACGAUAAGCAGUGGCUGCAGUUUUCUCUGGAAACGUAGAGCAGAGUAGAUUUAGUAGGAAUCUUCAUCACCUCCCCUCCCCCCACUUCUCCCUCCUUCAUCGUCGUCAGACAUUCAGGUAACUUUUAGUUUCUCUUCCUUUAAUUUCCCAUGAAUAGAUUUUAUUCUUUAAGUCUUCAUAGAGGCUAAGAUGUUUUUGGUAAUUUGUGCAGAAGACUUGUGUUCAUGUUUUCUAUGUUGCUGUAAUUUUGUGCUACUGAAUCAUCAUAGAGUCGACUAAUUACUGAAACGAAAAGAGAGAAAUUUCCUGUAAAAGCACUCUACUUCCUCCCCUUUCAAUUCCUCAAGGUUUCUUGUAUGGCAACCAAAAGUCACUGUAAGAAAUAAAUAUAAUAUUGCACUAGA